AGUCAUUCCCUCCUUCCCGUCCUUACCACAAAAUCAAUCUCAGGAAAUGGCACUCAGAGGAUUCUUCUCCGUUCGGAGCACGCAAAUAAGCCUUUAUCGAACAACUGAAAUUCGUUUGGUUUCAUCUUCACUAUUCAGCAGCAGCUCAAGAAACUCUCCUUACAUUUUUUAUGGUACUCUGCAGGACAGUAAUUCUUGGAGAAGUAAAUUUAGUAGUUGGAGCAUCGUAUCAAGCUUACACAAUAACUCCAGCGGUCUCCCUUGGACAUCAAGUGCAAAUCCCUUAUGUUCAACUACUGGACCCAAGCUUCCAAACUUUGGCUAUUUGCGGCCAGUUACCAUGCAAGCUAAAGCAUCGCCACAAGCACGUCAAAUGGCAGCUGUCAAAGUUUCACUUAUGAGCCCCGGCAUCGUAUUUGAACCGUAUGCUCCUCGUGAAGCUAUGCCUUUCUGGACAAGAUGGUUUACAAGAACUGGAUGGAGAAGAAUGAAAGAGGAAAUUACGUCAGAGGUAAUGAAUUUUUAUGCUAUAGCAAUACAUUCUUAACCCUCCCAAUUGCAAUUUUGGUCUAC